AUGGAGAGAUAACGAAUAGGAACUAUAAAAUUUCUGGUAACUAUAGAUUUUGAAUGUAAUUUCAAAUCUAUUUAAUUGAUCUGUGAAUUCAUUUUUAACCUACUUAAUAAUGGGUAUUUGGUAGAUAUAAAAGAUAAGAGGGACAGUUUCAAUUUUUAAGCACCUGUAAUGCUCAUGUAAUUCUUAUGUAAUAACAACGUUUCUAUAAAUCAAAGGAAAUCACUACAAAAUUAUCAUAAAUCUUUUAAUAAAUCUCCUUCUAUAUUUCCUUUUUCUCCUUAAUCAAGAUUUUUAUUAAAUUCAAUACUCUUUAUUUAAAAAAGUCCCUUUAAAUUUCACCAAAGGUAAUUAAAAUUAUGAAAUGUAGAUCUCCUUAUUUAUGCUCAUUUUUUGCCUUUAUCUUAACUUUUAUUUCAUUACAUUCUUAUAAUACUAAACAUUAAUUUACUUGUAUAAUCUCUACUCCAUUAAUUUUUUAGAAUUAUAAGGAUUUAUUUUAUCAUCCAAAAUCGAAUGUUUUUUUUAUAGAGAGCCAAAAUAAUUCAAUUAGUGACCACAAUCAAUUGACUAAAUCUUAAAUUUUACCUUUUCCUAUAUCUUAAAUAAUUUUGUUACCCUCUUAAAUUUUUGUGGAAUUAGAAUAAAAGGAAAUUGAAUUAUAAAAUAUGAAAGAAUAAUAUUAAUAAGUAUUUUAAGAUAAUAUAAAUCUUAAAAAUUAAUUUGAGUAAGAUAAGACUGCAAUUAUAAAGAAAUAUGAAGAAGAAUGUAAUAUAUUUUGAUAUUUGUCCAUAGAAAAUAAAGUAAAAUAGGAAUUUGAUGAAAAUUUAACUAAAUAAAAAUCAUAAUUAUAACAAGCAUUAAGCAAACUUGAUUAAAUUGAUAAAGUUAAAUUAGAAUAAGAAAAAUAAAAUAAACUAGAAUUAGAAAAAGUAUAUUUUUAAUCUAUUUAUUAUAUUAUUUUUAGAUUCAAUAAUAUAACAAAUCAUUAUCAUUUUCAAAUACUUAUAAGAACACUAAUUGUUCAGUAACUGAAGCAGGAAAACUUGUAGCAGAUAUUGCUAAUAAUGGUAAUUAUAAUUUCUGUCUUUGUGAAUAAGCUAUUCCAAAGACUGGGAAAAUAUAGUUUGCAUUUUAAAUGAUAAGUGGAUCAUCUUUUAUGAUUGGAAUAGGAUUUAGAGAGAUUAUGUAGAAAAAUAAUUAUUAGAAUUGUUAUAAUGCUGGGUAUGGGUAUAUAAUUAAAUAAUGAUAGAACAUAUUUAAUAUCCUAUGGUGGUUAUACUUGUUCUCAUCAUAACAAAGAUGUACAUGAUAAAUAAUUAUCCUUCGGAUUUAAAACUAAUGAUAUAAUAAUAAUUGAAGUAUGUAUUGAACAUAAAUACAUUAAAUGGAUUAGAUAGAAUAAUCCAUAUGCAACAAUUGUUGUAAAUAUAAAAUCGAUUAUAAGUAGUUGGAUAUAGAUACAUCAUAACAAUUAUAUCCAUGUGUGGGUGUUUAAUAUAAUUCUAAAAUAAAAAUAUUGGAUAGUGUACCAGUUUGA